GAACGGGAUUUCCGGAGACCGCGCAGCCAAUGAACGCAUUCCACAUGCGGACAGCGAGAGCAGUGCAUGCGGAUCAGGAGAGCGGCACAGCGGGGACACGCGAUUGGUGCUGAGAAUACCGGCACUGUGCUGCAGUUUACGGGAACAAGCCGAGGAUAGAUCCGAAAGACUAUUUAAGUGCUUCGUUCGGUUAUUUAGCACAUUAUAAAGACACUAGAACUCCCGGCAGGUAUCGAAAGAACUUAAAGAUCAAGAACAAGGAGCGAGUUUGCGAUGCGCGUUGUGUAAUUUUUGGUUGAAUUAGUCCGGGGUUUUAACAUUUCUUCUCAUUAAACGCCAGAAACUAAAAAGUUAACAUUGGCUUGUACCGUAUACUGUGUAUCUGAAGUCACUGCGGUGGUUUUUGGAUCAAGUUUUUCGAGGGUCCGAAGGUCUUGCGAGUCAGGACUGAAGGCUUUGAAGAAGCGUGUUUGUGGGGGGUUGCGAGUCCGUUCAUAAUCAGCGUGUCCGUCCGUUCACGAUGGAGAACGCACAUACGAAAACCGUGGAGGAAGUUUACAGCCAUUUCGCUGUGAACGAGAGCACUGGGCUCGGCCUGGAGCAAGUGAAGCGUCAGCGGGAGAAAUGGGGACCGAACGAAUUGCCAGCGGAAGAGGGAAAAUCACUGUGGGAGUUGGUGGUGGAGCAAUUUGAGGAUCUUUUAGUGAGGAUUCUUCUCUUGGCAGCUUGCAUAUCUUUUGUAUUGGCCUGGUUUGAAGAGGGAGAGGAGACCAUUACAGCAUUUGUGGAGCCUUUUGUAAUAUUGCUAAUUUUAAUAGCCAAUGCCAUUGUAGGUGUCUGGCAGGUAAGUUUGGGCCACUUUUUCUUAAACUUUGCCUUUUUUUUCUUUUCUGAACAGCAUGAACACUGAAAAUACAAGUAUUCC